UGCUAUGGAAUUCAUUCAACAUAGUCUUUAUACUUCUACAGGAAGUAAUGUCAGUAUACAGACAAUUACCUCCUUCAGACAGAAGGGUAACUGCCAGGGAAUCCACUCGUACUUGCAAUGCCAUUGCACUAUUUCAGUGCAUGGCUGCUCACCCACUGACAAGAAUGGAGCUCAUAAGAGCUAGGAUAACAUCUUACCUUCACCCGUUUCUGGGAAUUACUACUACUACUAUUACUGCAACUGAUGACGAUAAGCCUUUAGAGGCUCUGAGGCUUACCAGCUUGGGUGUAAUUGCUGCGCUUCUCAAGUCUGAUAAUCCAGAUGGGCAAGAAAUAGUCCAUUAUCUUCUUGAAUCAGAGGUUUUCCCUCUGUUUCUCAGUUGCAUGGAUAACGGUGAUGAACCCACGCAAACUGUAUCGGCACUGAUAAUAGCGAAGAUACUGUUGCAAGUAGAAGGGUUGAAAUACUGCAGUGGCUAUGGUGAACGCUUCUUCUCAGUGGUGUGGACUUUGGGAAGAGUGGUGGACAGACACCCUGAAAGGCCUAGUUUAGGGUUACUAAGAUCUGUCAUUGCUUGUUACCUUAGGCUUUCCGAAGUUCCAAGGGCAAAAGAUGCAUUUAGAAACUGUAUUCCUGCAAGAAUGACCCAACACAACUUCAUCGCCCUCAUUCGUGAAGAUCCACACAGUGUAAGGAUGUUACAACAACUAUUUACCAACAUUACAAGCCGCCACUGGACUUAGGAAUUCUGG